CUCAACAACCCGACACAGAUACAAACAGCGCCAUUGUCACUUUCCCCAUCACCCCGACGCGACACCGAAUCGGCGGGCUGUAGGACAAGCGAGCGAGAGAGCAUGGAAACGGAGCCUUCGCAGCUGAUUAAAGGGAUGGACGUGGAUAUUGGCAUGGGCCUCGGGGACGACCUUGGCGGGUUCGAAGGUUUUGACGCCAUGUUUGCCGAGCCCAACAGCACGAGCGAUUUUUUCAAGUUCUGCGAAAUCGAGGACACCCAACAGCAGCAGCACCAGCAGGGCAUGGCCAUCACCAACUCGGCGUUCCAGGGGCCGCCAUCACCGGCCAGCAUGUUCGCCCACCAGCCGAAGGUGUCCGACUUCGGGCAGGAGAGCUGGGUUCCUGGCGAGCAACAGCACCUCCCGAUUCAGGCGUGGCCUCCAACAAUUUCAAGUGAACCCACACAAUGCGUGAACCCAAACCUGCUCUUGCCGAUCGGGGGCAAGCCCAAGGCUCGGAAGAGGCACGAUGAGGAUGAGGCGCUCGUGUCUAAGGAGUCGGUCUUCCCUGUGAUGAAGCGCCGGUCAUCGACGGCAUCCAUUUCGAUGAACCCAAGUCCACCGCCAACAUCGUCACAGCAACAAGGGUUGGAGAAAAGCCACAGCUUUUGCGUCACCACAGCCAGCGCGGGCUGGGCGCCCGCGGUAUCGCAUCAACAGCCAGGCGUGGCAAGACAUGUGGGGUCUAGUCAGCCGCCGCAGCAGGGGGGAGUGGCGUCGCCGCCAGGUGGAGCGAUAAAGGUCAAUACGAAUGUGACGUCUGGCACCGUGCGCCCCCCUCGUAUUUCCGUGUUCAUGUCUAACUCGGGUCGGCGCCGGGCAACCAGCAGCGGUGUCGUCGGCGGCGGUUCUUCUCAGCAGCAGGCCGCGCCCGCGCCCUCCCCCUCGAUGAUGCCAACUGCACCCGGGAGCUACAGCGGCGGCGUGCUCGAGCCUACGAUGGACCGCACGGCCAGCGCGCAGGCCCAACGAUUGAAGGACCUGCGCAUCACCAUGCGCGACCGGAGCGUGGCAGAGAAAUACGUUGUGGACCACACCCCAGCCGUGGUCGCGAUGGGCUCGCCCCACCACCUCAACUCCACGUCCGCGUUGCUCUUCAGUGAGGACGACCACUUCACGGCAACGGCGUCGGGGUCGGCGGCAGGGCCUACGGUACCGUCCCUGCGACGCGCGAGCACGGUUGGAGCGCUCACGAUCGCCGGCAGCGAGGUAAUGUCGACGUCACCGGUCUUGUCAUCCUCGGGAAGGAUUAUCCAGUCCUGCGAGCUCUCGGACAGGGUCGGAGACGGUGGUCAGCGGCGCAACCUGGUGUGCAGAGUUUUCGGCUCGGGCGGGAGCCCCUUCAUGAGACCGGCAAGCAGCGGCCGCUAACUAGGCUUCAUUGCGGUGAGAGAAGAGAGCCCAAGUGCAACCACAACGCACGGCCGGUUGCUGGCUGCUAGGCCAGGCUCUCACGGAUUCCUUGCCGGGGAAGGCACUCGAGCGCUACCGCACGGGUGGGAGAGGAACGCGAUAUCGCCGGAUUGUUGUUUGGUUGCCCCGACGGCCGGAAUCGCCUUGCCUUCUUAUGGCGGCGGGAGAAGCACGCAGCACCUCCCGUCUUGUCUCACGGAGCCCCCCCACCCCCCCACCCCUCACCGCUGGAGUGUUUCGUUUUUGAUCACACUUUGAAUUGCGUUGAUGUAGAUGGCCUCCUCCCACCGCCCCUGAAUCCCCCGUACGCGACCAUUCGAAGGGCGAGUUGGCGAUGGACAGGCGAUUAUUUUGUACAAGUUUUCUUUUGUUGCUCUCUUGGUUGCGUGCUGUCUAUAGUAAACACGAUUUUUUUUUAACUUUCGUGUUUCGUCAAGUUUCUUGCAUUUUUGCGUGGUGGGUGCAAGACACAGCAGGUUAGCAGAGGGUUCCUGGUUUACAAGCUUGGGGUGGUCAAGGGGCGUACGCUUUACGCUUAAUUCCCGCGUUUCGCGCGGCGUGCGAACUGGCUGGCUGGCGGGCUAGCUGGCGUCAGCGCACACAUCCAAAUGGUUAUGUUAUACAUUAGUAGGGUGAUGCUGGUGGUGUCCCGGUUUGGUCCCUUAUCGCAAGGCGCACGGGGAAGGUCGUUAUUUCACGUGCUUGGGUCGUGAUUUAGCAGGCUCGCGUCCAGGGGUUGUACAUAGAAGUAAUUAUGCUGUUUUGAUAGCUGUUUGAUGAGACUGGUGUUUUCGGCCGCACAUCUACCAAUCUUGGUGAUGUAGGGAGGCCGUGUGGGGGCUUCUGGGGAGCAGGCAAAUGAUUCCUCGUUUCCGCUUUUGCCCCAGCAGGUACUUGUUUCCCUUACGGCCCUACGGUGGUGUCUCCGAGAAGGUAAUUCGGCUGCGAGUGAGAACUGUAGCUCGUGUGCGCGUCCCGAUUCUAGGAGGGGUUAAAAAAGAGCGCCGAAAACGCCCUAGGGGUGUUGCGGGCGAGCUUGCAGUUCGUAGCGCGCUGUGGAGACAGCAGUGUAAGGGGGUGUCGCGAACGUGACACGCGUCCACUCCCGAGCCGAAGUAUAUUGUUCCUAUUUAAUUUUUCGCACGAGGCUCACGAGUCGAAGCGUGGCCGAAAGAUAUCAUUAUAGCAGAGCCGAGGGAACGCCUCCUCUCAAUAGGAUGAAAGCCCAAAGGAUAUCACGCAGAUAUAUGGGUGCUUUCCUCCUAGACGUAGUUGGACAUUAGAUGGUUGAUCAAGAGAAAAGCAGGGGGGGCGCUUAGAACUUGAUCAGAGAGUUGGUAAUGUUACGAAAGCCGGCAGGCACGAGUUGUUCAAUCGACACGAAGGGCUUACAAUUGUAUUUCGCACUUUGCCCUUAUGAUUGGUCGACGCUCUUUGCCUCCUCGUUGUAGGGGAUCCUACGACGGUUGCAUGAAUGCUAUUGUUAAUGUAUCUCGCGGUGGUGGAGCCGCAAGUGUGUCGAAAAACAAGUGUCGAAAUGUGUUGCCGGCCCGGCGAUGGAUGUCAAAACCAAAAUGUGUUUCGGUAGGUUGUGUUUGGUUUUGAUUCUUGCCCGGAAGAGGAAGUAAGGGAUGGGGGCUGGGCGCAAAAUGUGGAGGCUUGUACGGCGAACCCAGGUGGGCAAAUAUGGGAGUCCUUGCGCUUUUCGGAAGUUGAAAACACAGGGUUUACAUUUUGUUUUGGAAGGAAUGUUGCGGAAGAAGAAAAAAGGAGGGGGUAGGCAGUGUAUGUUGCGACGGCGGUCGUUGGGGGCGAGUCCGGUUGGAACGGUUGCGUUGGGAAUGUGUUUUCGGGGCUCCUUGGGUGUUGGGUUGUCAUUCGUAGUGUGGGUUGGUGCCCGUUCAUCAAACGAUUAGCCACUCGCUGUAGGGUCAGUUAAUACUCCGUUGACCGGUAGCUAAAAGGCGUAGAGAUGCGUAUCAGUCUAAUGACCAGGCUCUCUUGUUGUACUUGUUAUUUGAUGCGCGCGAUCGCGUGGCGCCAGGAGUUACCCGCCAUUUGGUCCAACUUUUUUUCUGCUGGGUUGAGCCGAACGUUGAGCAUCCCACACGUACGUCUGCGACACAGUAUAGCGUUUUUAACACGGACGAUGUUUUGCGCGGGUGGCCUCGCUGAAUGGAAAUAGUAAAAAGUCGACGUGCUGAUCAAAGGAAUCGCACGAAAGAGUCGCGUUUGUCUUCAAGUCUCGGGAACAGGUGUUCACUGAUUUCGGACAGUUUUCACAUGUGACGGAGCAGACGCAUAUUUUUGCCUCGGGAAACCUUUAAAUCUGCUCAACGCCCGCGCAGCCAACGCCAAUAUGGCGUUUAUUUUUUGCCGGGCGUCAAGUCGAGCCGCGCUGGUGUUCCUCCUGGGUAACGGAUGCUCUUCUUGUCACCACGACGACGGUGUAUUGACAUUAAGCUCCGCGACCAGACAUGAUAUGUGGUGUGGUGUUGUGACACGUAAAUUGAAAGGUCUACACGGUCGGUCGCCCCGGUGGUCUACUAUAUAUAGUGGUAUCCUCGAAAACUGCUAGUCGGAAAGGAUGUGAGUUCGAAUUCGCAUGGGCUUAAAAG